UUCUUUUUUCUUCCCGGGGAAAUACUACAGGUCAAGAACUUGAAAAUCUUCAGGACUCUAUCGAUAUUACAAGGCCUUACAAGUAAAAAAUAUCUUUGGAAUUUUAUGCUAAAUCCAAAAUCAACAGUACCAAAAUGCAAGGAAUAGCCCGUGCCAUUCGUUCUUGCCAGGAGACAGUUAAGAAUGCUAUUCUGAAAGAUUGGCACGCGAGAGUAACAGCCAAUAAAGAUAGCAUCUUCUCUCGGUUCGGAUCUCUCUCCUCCUCUACAGACAUCCGCGAAAAGGGUCUUGAAAAUGUGACAGUAGCUGAUGUCCUAGUGACAAAGGGCGAAGAAAAAACUGGGGCCUGGUUGUCAUGCCGGUCCAAUGACACCGUUUAUGAUGCAGUCAAGAACAUGGCUCAGAACAAUAUCGGGUCAUUGGUCGUAUUAAAGCCAGGACAAGAAGAACUUAUUGCAGGAAUCAUCACAGAAAGAGAUUAUCUGCAGAAGAUAAUUGCACAGGGAAGGUCCUCAAAGCAAACCAGAGUUGGGGAGAUCAUGACUGACAAGAAUAACUUGAUAACAGUAUCGCCGGAUACAAACAUCCUCAAAGCAAUGCAGCUUAUGACAGAGCACCACAUAAGACACGUUCCAGUUAUCGAUGGAAAGAUAGUCGGCAUGAUGUCAAUUGUGGAUGUAGUACGAGCAGUGGUAGAGCAACAGAGCGGGGAAUUGAAGAGACUGAACGACUACAUAAAAGGAGAAUAUUAUUGAAUUAAAACAAUGAUAGGAUAACAGAGAGAAUAUGCUAUCCAUGCUGAUUUCAGCAUUCCACAAUGGGUCUUGAGGCCUCACAAGAUGCAAAUUACUGUGGUGUAUCUGGCAAAAAUGUAAUACCUAUUUCUUUUUAAUC